UGCUUACCUUUCACCUAUGGGUACGACACGUGCAGCACACCCUGCGACUGCGUCAAAGAGAACACGCUGUCCUGUGACGCAAUCAACGGCACGUGCUGGUGUAAGUAUGGAUGGAACGGAACCGACUGUUCAAGAGACGUCAACGAGUGCCUGGAUCGGAAAACUAGCGACACGUGUGAAGCAGACGAUUAUCAAAUCUGUGUCAAUUUCCCUGGAGGCUACAAUUGCUCAUGU